AUGGUUAAGUUACCGUCAUCAUCAUCAUCAUCAUCAUCAUCUUCAGACAGUAGCAUUCUCCCAGCAAAACCUUUAACAAGGUCUAAGAAGAGACUCCUUCCAAAGAAUGCUGGAUGGUUUGAAAAGUCAUAUUCAGAGCCACAUAGGCCUAAUACUUCAAAAACAAAUUUUAAUAAUGUAUGGCAGUUAUUUUCUGAAUCUUCUCCAAAGAAAAGCAAUAGAAGACAGAAAAAGAAACAAGUUGAGAAAAAGAAAGUUCCUGCAACUGUUACUCGUCCCACAGAAAUAGUGGAAGAAGAAAUGGAAGAUCUGAUAUUAGAAGAUGAUAUUGAAGUUAUGAGAGAUGUUUCAGGUGCGACAUUCUCCUCACCAAAAAGAUCCGUAAAAUUCAGUAAAUUUUUGCAGAAGUUUAAUAGAUCAUCUAGAAUAAGAAAAGAAUUCAAGUCUCCAAGGCCAGUUAAAAGAAAACGUGUACCAAGUGAUCAUAGACCUAUUCCUGAACUUGAUGAUCUAGAAUAUGAUGUAUUUGAAGACACUGACUCAUCAGAAUGUUUGAAAGUGGCAGAAACAGCUACAACUACUGGUGUAUCUAUACAAUAUGAGAAUCUUCCGAAAUACCUCCAUGACUCACCAUCAAUACCUGUCGGAUUAUCUCGUAAAUUUCAUAAUUCCACAGCAGUAGAUGGACAUCAAAAUAACCUGCUAGAAUUAACUCAGGACAUUUCUGUUAUUACAUCGGGUAGCUCAAAGCAAACCUUUGAAGAAACAACUCCAAGUAGGUUCCCAGCAUUACACUCUGGAAAUAAAAGAAGAAAGAAGAGUUGUAAUAUUAUUGAAGAAAAGAAGAAACCAGUUAGUUCUACCAGAUUAUUUCAGACUAAUAAUUCAGACCUCAGUAUACCUGAUUUAUCUCCAAUAAUACAACUUACAGGAAGACAGUCAAUCAAAAAUAAAUCAAAGAAUAAAAGAAAAUGUUCAACUGAAAAUUGUAGUGAGGACGUAGGGGAAGUAAUUGAAAAUCCACCUUCACCAUUAAGUUUGAUUAAAAUAAUAGUUGAUAAAACAUUGGUUAAUAAACAAAGUACAUUUAGACAAGGUGAUGGAAUACAUCCUAUGGCAGAGUUUGGUAUAUCAUCAAUAAAAAAUGAUGAUGAUGAUGAUGAUUUUCUCCAGCCUAAACCUGAUACCAGAUAUAUUGAUUCUAAAGAUUUCUAUCAGACCUAUGAUGUAGAGGAGAUAGAAGUACCUGAUGUUAUUUGUAUUGAUGAUGAAGACAAGGAUGUGUUCUCAAUGAAAACAAGCAUGAAAGAUGGUAAUAAUUCUAAAAACAAGAUAUCUUUUAAAGAAAAUGGAGAUCUAACUACUAUGAAAUAUAAUACCAACGAUAACUCUAUUUCUGGUAAAGGAUCUGCUAUUGUUGAAAAACUAUUAAGUAGAAAGUCUUCAAAAUUGUCCAAAACAGCUCAAACUAUACUGGAAGUCUCAUCUCCUGGUCCUGGUUCUAUUCAUAUCAAGGAUCAAGGAUCAAGUUUUGUUGAAAAGCCAUGUAAAGUAAACUCUUCAAAAUUGUCUAAAACAGCAAAAACCAUUCUUGAAGUAGCAUCUCCUGUUAUUAGAAACAAUAUUUCUGGUGAAGGAUCAACUCUUUUUUCUAAAGGAAACAUUUCAAAAUUGUCAAAAACAGCUCAAACAAUCCUUGAGGUUUCAUCUCCAGGCUUUAUAAAUAAUAAUUCUCAUGAAGAUUCAACUCUGGUUGCAAAGCCAUCUAACUUUUCAAAAUUGUCUAAAACAGCUCAAACAAUGCUUGGAGUAGUUUCUCCAGUGAUUGGUGAUUUAACCAAGAAUAUGUUUAUGGCAUCCAAAUCUAAUCCAAGCUCUGUAAGUUCAUCAAAACAUCACAAUAGAUCUUUGGAGACCAAUAAACCUGCAGCUAACACUAUACGUACAGACAAUAUUUGUAACAUGAAGCAAGCAACUGUCAAAUCCCGUAGACAGUCUACUAGUAAAGCUGUCAAUAUAUCAAUAUGUUGUCUUCAAAACCUGACAUUUCCACCACCAAUGAAAGUGUUGAUUCGUCAAAAAACAAUACCAAAUGGUAAAAGAUUUAAUACAGAACUUCAAACAGCUGCUGAAGAUAUUUUAGGUAAGGCUGUACCUCUACCAAAAGGCAUCAGCAAAGAAUGCAGGAAGAAGAAAAGUAUGUAUUAUUUUAAAGAUGUUAAAAGAUAUGGUAGAGGGAAGUAACUCAUUUGAUCAUGAAAAUGACCAGACUACAAAUAAUAGUUGUUGAAAUAGUGCUAUACUUCAAUUUUCAACCCUUCAUUCACUGAAAAUAUGUUAAAAGUGCCUUGUGAGACAAUAGAUUUGGGAUUAGGUUUAUGUGUUGGUUUAUAUCCAAAUGAUCUGGAAAAGUUAGAAUUUGAUUAGACAAAAUUGAAGGAGAUAAAUCCCUUGGCCUACUGAAAUUUACUGUGUUAGUGGGUGUAUCUUAGUUUGACAACUGUUUGCUAAAAGUAGCUAACAUAGUUAGUAGUGGUAUAAUCAAAAAUUACCAUUCAGUAAAAUGUAAUAUAAUGAAAUAUUAGUUUUGUGGAACUAUCUGUCUCUCCAGACUGAAGUUUUCAGUGUUUAAUUUAUUAGUAUCAAUAUCAAUACUAACUGUGAUCACUAUAUAUGUAUUUAUUUAUUCUUCUGUUAUAUAUUUAUUUUUUGAUUCUUUAUGUCUAUUUAUUCAUUGAUAAUUUGCAGGACAAAUUCCAUUCUCUAUGUAUUUAAUAUUUAUCAAUUUUUGAUUCAUUUUAUGCAGAGUUUUUGCACUUAAAUUUUUCCUGUUAAUUAAACUGAAUUCUUGUACUUUAGAUCUGAAAUGAAUUGAAUUAAACUAAUUUCAAC